AUGGACAAGGCUUCAAGGACUGUGUUUUUUGUAGUCGCCUUCUUUUUGAUCAUUUCAUGUGUGGGAAAGACUAAUUUAGAGGAUGAAGGUAAGUGUAAGACUAGAGCAGAUUGUCAUAUGAAAUGUGAAUUUGGGUUGCCAACUUGUGUUGGUGGGAUUUGCGUAUGCUUAGCAACCAAGACAUACUCCACCAGUCAAAUAGGAGAGACAUGUAAGACUAAAGACGAUUGUCUUAUAAAUUGUAAAGGUGGAAUUCCAUUUUGUGUAGAGGCUAGGGGACUUGUACAUGUAUUUGAUCAUGGAGAUAGCGGUCCAAUUAGUGGCAACUAG